AUGCACGACGAGGACGAAGACCUGUUCGAGCGCGAGCUAGCAAGGGAGAGGGAGCUUACGAGCCGGCACACCAGCCGACGAGGCAGCUUGGGCAUACUGGACGACGAGACGCCCAACGGCAGCCGACUUGGCAGCCGAUCCCAAAGCCGCGCGGGCAACCGGAGCCAGAUGCUCACGCCGCUAGAACGGCAUUCCAUUGACGGAUACUUCCCGCAUCAUUCACACCUGGCAGAAGAGGCUCACCUCGCAGGGCCAGACUUCGUGAACUUGGACGAGAAGCUUGAGGCCAUCGAUCAAGACACCAGUCAGGAAGACGAGGCUCAUGUGCGGAGAUUAGUCAAGCGAAACAGCGCUGGAGUAGGCACUUGGUUCGGUAAUGUCCUAGGUUGGACACUCUUCUCGGUCGAGGAGAACGACGAAGAGUCUGAGACUGAGGGCGAGGCAAGCGAUGGUGAAGUGGAAGAGAUUUCACACUCGCGCAGAUCCAGUCUCAGGCAGUUUGAGGGUGUCGUUGCAACUUCGACCGAAGAGCGGAUGCCCCCACCGAAGGCCGACGAGGGUGGCUGGCAAGAUGCUGCCUGGUUGCUCAGUGUGGCAUCAAAGGUUCUGCUUUGA